UCCUGCUGUUGCAGGUCGUAUCAAGUUUUUUUUUUCUUUUAGAAUCUUAAAAUUUUACCAUCUGUGUCAAUAUUUCCAUUGAUCUUUAGAUGUUGUUCAUGUCUCAUGGCUCUACCUGGAUACUCUUCCUCCCUCCCUCUUUUCCUCCCUCAAUCUGCUGGUGGUGUCAUGUUUUCCUGCCUCCCCUCACAGGUUAGACUCUCAGUCAACAGAGGGUCACAGCCACAAACACAUCACCCACCCUCCUCUUGGCUGGCGAGAGUCAUCCGCCUGCCCUCGUUCAUCUUAGCAGCUGUGAAGACAGACAGGAAACUUAUACUGUAGUGGUACUGGUGUGUGUGCGUGCGUGUGUGUGUGUGUGUGUGUGCGUGUGUGUGUGUGUGUGUGCAGCGAUGUGUGGUUGUGUCAAGGUGGAGACCUAAGAGGAAGACGGGACCUGUUCAAGUCAGCAAAACUGAGCCAGCAGCUGCGUAUGUGUGGUGUCAGGGCUGAGCAAGUCCAGCACGUGAGUGUGUGAAGGCAGAGAGUGUCUGUGUGUGUGUGUGUGUGUGUGUGUGCAGCAUUAGUGUUGACCAGGCUAUGAGUGCGUCUCAGAGGGAGCGGCUGUUCGAUGCUGAGUUGAGCUAAGGGGAGAGCAGAAGAGGAGAAUCUGUUUUAGGAGCAGCCAUGGGGCUCGGACAGUCCAGCAAGGCUCCGGUCACUGAUGACACAGACGACGUUAAUUUUGACCACUUCCAGAUCCUGAGGGCAAUAGGAAAAGGCAGCUUCGGAAAAGUCUGCAUCGUACAGAAGAAGGACACUAAGAAGAUGUACGCCAUGAAGUACAUGAACAAGCUAAAAUGCGUGGAACGGAACGAAGUGAGGAACGUCCUGAAAGAGCUGCAGAUCAUGCAGAACCUUGAACAUCCUUUUCUGGUCAACUUCUGGUAUUCUUUCCAGGAUGAGGAGGACAUGUUUAUGGUGGUGGACUUGCUCUUGGGAGGAGACUUGCGCUAUCACCUCCAGCAGAACGUCCACUUCUCGGAAAGCACUGUCAAACUCUACAUCUGUGAAUUAGCCCUGGCCCUGGGAUACCUACGCAGCAAGCGCAUCAUACACAGAGACAUCAAACCUGACAACAUACUACUGGAUGAACAUGGCCACGUCCAUCUGACUGAUUUCAACAUCGCAGCAAUUGUAAAAGAGGAUCUAAAAGCAACAUCCAUUGCUGGGACCAAGCCGUACAUGGCUCCUGAGCUUUUUCAGAGUUUUGAGGGGUCCCACCCUGGCUACUCCUUCUCUGUCGACUGGUGGUCACUGGGCAUCACGGCUUAUGAGCUACUAAGAGGACAGAGACCGUAUGUGAUGAGAUCCAGCACACCAGCCAAUGAGAUUCUUCAGACCUUCCACAAGGUCCAUCCCAGCUACCCAGCAGCCUGGUCUUUGGAGAUGAAGUCUCUCCUCAGAAAGUUGCUGUGCAUAGAUGUCCAGAAGCGUAUUUCCUGUCUAGCAGAGCUACAGGAUCUGGACUACAUGUCAGAUGUCAACUGGGAUGCUGUGCUGAGCAAACAGCUUCCUCCAGGCUUUAUUCCCAAUAGGCGGAGACUGAACUGUGACCCUACAUUUGAGCUGGAGGAAAUGAUCCUGGAGUCAAAACCGCUUCACAAGAAGAAGAAAAGGCUUGCUAGAAAAACCAGGGACCAGGGAUCUGAUGAGUCCCCACAGAAUGGUCAGUUGCAGCAGCGGCUGGAUAAUGUCCAGAGGGACUUCAUUGUCUUCAACAGAGAAAAGUCAAGGAAGGCAAUUGUCGACUCAGAGACCUCUGAGCUGUCCAUGAGUGAGAAGAACAAGGCCAUAGAGGAUGGACAGAACAACAAUGUUGAACCGGCGGCCUACUUAUCAGGAUAGGUCUUGUGACCCGAGAUCUCAACGUACCCACUAAUCACAUGCACCUGCCCACAACUUGUAGAUCAGCUACUUACACCCAGAUGCAUAUUGUUGUAGCCACACAGACACUCAGAGCCAGUCUUCAAUGUUCCUGCACCACAACACCGUCUAUACAAACACAAAUGCAGUGUGCACUUGGGCAUCGUUUUUCACCCACAAAAAAAAAAUACAUUAUCAAGAGCUCCAGAACUGCAGGAGUGAAAUGGACUCCUGGAGCAGCAGCCCACGCCACAGCCUGGCUUUUCGCUUUCCUAUUGCCAAGAAGAAUGACUCUCAGCAGAGUGUCACCCAUACCAUGCUCCCUUACAUCUCUCUGGUGCUCUGCAGUCUGCUCAGACUCUGAGCAGUGAGCUGAAGUGUAAAGGAAGACACUCCCCAGCUAAAAAGAAGACAAUGCCACCCCUGCUCAGCAGUUAGAUGGAAUAAAGUCUGAUGUGGUCAACUACGGCUAAAAGCUGUAUGUGCUGCUGUUGUCUUGGGCAGGACACAGAUUUUUAAUUUCUGGUUAAUUAAAGACAUUUAAAUAUACCAGUGGUUCUCCAGUGCGACAAGGAAAUGGACUUAACAAGAACUGACAUUAAGGAGUUGAUUUGGCAACAAAUAAGCACUUGGAGGAUGGUUUGGUCACAUGUGAUCUACAUGACUUCAAAUUCGAGCAUGACGCUAAGAGUAUAGAACGUUAAAAUGGAAAGCUCACUAAGGUAAAACGAGGCCUUUGUUUUUAAAACAGCAACCACAGAUUCCUCUAAGAUAAAAAAAAUAAAGAGUUGAACUGUAGGCUAUCUAUCAUAACAGCAGAUACAUGGUUGUAGAGGUCAUUAUGCUUAGCUUUCAUAGUGAAGCCAACAAAAGUGGUACGAUCGCAACAUUUGAUGCAAUGUCCCAGCUCCAUCAGCUGCAGAUGUAGGCAAACAAUGAUGCAAGUUUUCUUCACUUGUGUAUGCUUUAAGAUACUACCAAGUCAAUACAGAAAUCUGAAAUACAAACAGUGGUUUUAGGGUUUAUCUUGGAGGCCCAUUCCUAAGCUUUUAACACACCGAAUAAAUUAUCUUUCUGAUGAAAUAUUUUCUGCCAAACUGAUUUGAAACUCCUUUAAAAACAUUUACAUUUUGAACUGAUCUUCGCCUCAAUUUGCAAAUGAACAGCUGGGUCUUGAAAUAAAGAUUUAUAGCUAUGACAACAUAGAAAAGGUAGCUGGUAGAUGUUCUAUGUUCUGCACUGAACCUUGCCUUGCACAUGCUUCUUCAUCAACUGUAGCAUUUAUGCACAGAGAGGCAAAAAAUCUAAAGCUGUGAGUAAAUACUUAUUCCCUUAAAGGGGCAACUUUUAAAAUAUGGCCAGAAUUCAAAGGUAACUUCAAACAUAUUGGACGAAGCACAUGACUAGAGUGACCACAAACUGCUGCUCACUGUCUUGUUUGCUGUGGAUAUCUUUGACUGUAGCUGUAGCUACUAUUAGCUGAGCUACCCAUGGAGCUAGUGGCCCUAUAGCUGACUGGUUUGUGCCUGGACAGCAACCUCAAAUCACAGUAAGGAGGUGAUUUACAGCAGCUCUGAUGAGGACUGUGACUCCAGCGUCAAUAAGAUAUGGAGGGCAGGUAGAGAAGAGAGGUUAAACAGCAGUGGUGCAGUGGAGCUGCAGUGGAUGAAAACAGCAUGGAUUUUUUACAUUUUAAUCAGUAAGAAGAUGAUUUAUUUUUGUCCAAACACAGAGGUGAUUGUGGAAAGACAAACAAAUCCAGUUUUGGCUAGUUUUAUUUCUUUUAAGUCUCUUGAAUUAAGUGUUUCACAAUAAGUCAACAAGGCUAUUAAGCUCCUGUUAGUCCUGUAAAAGAGAGAAACUUAAAUCCAAAAGGUGCACGGUUGUAUUUUUCUGUUUAGUAGGGAAAACAAUCGUUGCAUAUUGUAACCCUGGACUCUAUGAGUGUAGGCAUAGCCCUCUAAGAACUGUCACUAUUGGGUUUAUCCCUUGUCAGACUUACACAGGGUAUCAGACUAUUGUCAGAUGUACAAUGUAGUAUUACAAGACAGGAUGGAGGGGGCUAGCUGCUUAGCAUGCUUACUUCAGCAGAUAUCUCUACAAGACAAUACAAAGACAUCUUUGACAGAAACCAACACUAUAAAUUCUCAAUUCUAAAAUUCUGGCCAUAUCUUACAAAUUGCACCUUUAAGGAUGGUUGUAUAGACAAGGAUUAAGUUGAGUCCUAGAUUAGAUUCCUUUUUCAGUUACUGUCUGCAUUAAAAUUUGUUUUUGUCAGUUAAUUGUUUAAUGUCCUUCCUCUUUUGUGCUGGAUAGAACCAAUUACAUAUGUACCACCAGAUAAGUUUGUAAAAUUGUAUUUGCAAUUAAUUGCUCCAACAGAGGAAUACAUUCUACAACAACAUUAUGUGCAGAUGGUAUUCAACAGUAAUGUGGUGCCAGCUGGAUAACACAGUGGAAAAAAAUCAUUAUCAUUUUCUUUUCACAUGCAGAGUUGCGAAUAAGAAAACAAUGAAGGAAGCAAAUAAAGACCAGACAAGGCAAUACCCUUCAUUCUUACUGCAAACUUGGCUAAAACCGUGUCUAAAUAAUCACGCCUGCCUCUGAAGUUUGCUUAGGGAUGCCUUAUACCAUAGAUAUGGCACACAGCUGGUUCCUUUAAACUUUACAUGUUGGUAGUAAAAACCUGAGCUUUUUUCACAGCCAGUAAUUAAAUGUUAUUUCUACUAAUGCCUGCUAUAUACCUUGGUCUUAUCUAUCUGCAGUACAACUCAAUCAUUUCAAUCUUAUGAUGUGUGUAAUUAUAUUUAAAUUGUACUUCACUCUGUUCAAUUCAUUCCUAUUAGCACUUUUCUAUUGAAAAUUGAUACAAUGUUUUGACUUACCUUUUGUGUUGUUGUUGCUGUUGUCACUGAUGUAAUUUUUACAGAUCCAAAGGUGGUUACCAGUAGAAGCUGUAACAUAUAGUGGGAUAGUUAAACAGAUGGACUAAUCCUAGGUAUACCCGGAGUAAAUAGUAGUUGCUAAUGAUUAUCUUAACUUGUUCAGAUGCAUUCGGUUCAUUGCAUCAGGCUACUAAUUGAUGGGUAAUCAUCUAAUGUGGCAGAUUUAAACCUUGUAAAAACUGAACAUAUAAAAUAAUCAAUGGCAACUACUUUUUGACACGGAUAAUACCAUUUUUCAACAAAAUGUCUAUCUAAAAAAAUGAUCUAGUCUGGGAACAGAAUUGUUCCACACCUGUGAAUUUCAUUCCUAUUUAGAUUUGUUGUCCUUCAGUUGUCACUGUGUCUUUCCUGUAUUUAAAUGUGGAUGGAGUUGCAAACUAUUGAGGGUGUGCCUUAAAUAAUGACUUUUCUUUUUCUGAACCAA